CCUGGUCCCUCCGCCAUCAUGAGGCACAGCUUAGCUAGUGCUAUAAGAAACUGAACCCAUCUGUUACCUGUAACGUUACAUCACUGGUGUUUGACCUGCAUCAAACAUGUUAGCUAUAAUAGCAUCCACAAGGUCAAACGGGCUUCAACAAGUUUGACUUCACUGUAACUGUCUGCUGGGUCGACCAGAAACAGGAUGAGCACGCUGCCAUUCCCCUGCCCUGUGCAUGUGGGUGUUGUUACCACUGGAGGCGUACACGCUCAACUGCACAAAUACACUUUGAUGGGAAACCUCACCAAGUUGGAGAAACUUCUGAAUAAGGGUGUUGACGUGGACUGUGUGAAUCACUUGGGCCAGACUCCACUGUUCCAUGGCGCUCUGUCGGGCCAAGCAAAGGUGACGGAGCUGCUCCUGCGUCACGGGGCUGAUCCCAACCAUCGCUGUAUGGACCGGAGCACCCCGGUUCACGCGGGCAUACUCUCCUGUAACCCUUCAGUGGUUAGGGGCUUGCUAGACGCUGGAGGAGAUCUGAGGUUUCACGACUGGGAGGGCAGGACGCCCUUUGACUGGCUCAGGACUGUGAAGCAGGAAGGCAGAUCCAGGAUGCAAGACUUCCUGGAGAGCUGCAUAUCCUCCAUGCAGCAGCUGUGUCCGAGCCCAGCCGGGACGUCCCGCACGUCUACAUCCAUCUUGUCACACCCUGCGUCUCUGAUGGAUCGCAUAAAAGCAUGCGGAAUUGAGAGGCAGUUCAAUAAGAGGACAAACAGCAAGUUUUCCUGUACAGCUGCCUGCUGUGUAGGGUUUGGAAAGGUGUGUGUUAACAAGCUGUGCCAGGCGCUGGCUGUGCCAGCAUCUGUCCCACUGAUGAGAGACAGUGAUCUGACCCAGGCUGACGAUGAACCUCUGCUCUCCUUCUCCUGUGGCUCUUUGACCUCUAUGACCAAUUCCAGCUGGAGGGGCUCCAGGGUGACAGUAAAAACAAUGAAGGACAGUCAGACAGCCUAUCCAGACCUGCUGCUCAUGGAACAAGACUACUGCAGCCAGCUGUUCCACCCGCAGCUGCUGCAGCUGAUGGCGGUGAGUCUGUCUGAUGACCUCCAGAGGACCAGUCUGGUGUUUGAACCGGUCGACGUCGGCACGCUGCACACCCUGCUGCACAUCAGGCGUGCAGAGUUUCCAGUGCUGCAGGACAGGUGGCUGCUGUCAGUGAUGUUGCAGGUGUGCGAGGGUCUGCAGUACAUCCACAGGGGGGGCCUGGUGAUGAGGGCCCUGUCCUCCCACAGCGUGGUCCUCACCAAGUUCGCAGUAGUCAAACUGACUGGUUUCGGCUUCAUGGUCCCCAGCAGUGAAAGUACAUGUGUCAAACCCCCCGCACACAUAGACCUCCCACACAGCCUUCACAGAUGGGCCGCUCCAGAGGUCAUUAAACAGCGACCCUGCACAACGCAGGCCGACAUCUACAGUCUGUGUGCUCUGAUCCAGGAACUCUACACAGACAGUGAACCGUGGGGCACCGUGGACCUGGACUGGAUCAAACAGGCGAUGGAUGCAGGACAGGCCCUGGCAGUGGACAGCAGCAUUCCACAGCCUUACUAUGAUGUGGUCCUGAGAGGCCUGCAGCACCACCCACAGGACCGCACAUGCAGCCUGCAGGGCCUGUGCUACACCCUACAGCAGGACGUCAAGAGGUUCUCCCUGGAGGAACAGAUGACUGGUGGGCUGUGUGAACAAGCUCUGGGGCCCGAGGUCCAGACCAAAGCACAGCAGACCAUUGUGGGGGAACCAGUACAGAGCGUCGUCUAUAGAACUGUCAGACCAGUCACAAUCAAGUCCGACGCCGUUGCAGACAGACAUGUCCACCUGGACAAACAGCUGUACAGAGGAGCAAAGCCAGAGCUGGGGAGAGAAAGAGAAGAACGUACGGAGGGACAGCCCACGCUCCACCAACUGUACCCUUAUGCAGGCAUGCUUCCUCUGCUCGGUGAGUUUGACUCAGUUAGCGACGAGGAAGAGUCGGACAUAGACAGGGAGAUAGAGGAGCAGCUGGAUGGCCUGAAAGUACCAAUGGAUCAGCAGAUCAGCACCAUUGCGGUGAACCUCAAAGUGUCCCGGGAGCUGCUGCAGCAGGCCAACAGGAGCCUAGACACAGUGGAACAUAGAGAGGAGGAUCAAGCGGACUGGCUCAGAGAUGCUCCCCCCUAUCGCUGCACCAACUCGUCUCGUGCCUCCUCCGUCUCAUCCUUCUCUACAUCCUCUGCAAAUCUUUCAGGAGUGAGCGCUGCUGUUGGACCGCUUUCGAAGCAGUACAGUCUCUUUCCGCACAGGGGAGAUGAUUGGGGAAAGAACCUGGAGGCUCAGCUUCUGAGCAGAGAUUGGGAACUGCUGAGCCAGGAGGAGCUGGCUCUAUGGCUGAGGCACUACCCAGCCGAGCAGCAGCAGUACGAGGAGGGCUGCCCGCUGGCUUUUCGUUCCUUGGGUCGCUACAUGACAGGGAGCCGGCCAGUGGGAGCUGAUCACAGUGAAGAGGAGCCGAGUCAGUACAGAUCAGCUCUGGACAGCAGCCUUCUCAACAUCCACUCUGAGAAGAAGCAGCAGACAUCCAGUUCAGCAGAAAAUGCAGACGUUACGAUGGAGGUGUGCAGGCCAGCAGCUAGAGGGAGUCUACUGCCAGAUACUCACAAUACCAAACAUAAGAGCUUCUCAAACAGUGAUGAGAAAAUGGAUCCUGAUGUCAGUGGAACACAGGCUCAGAAUACACCCAAUGCCGACAUGGCUCUGCUGGCUGAACUCUCCAGCAUCACAGACUCUCCAGCUCAGCCUCUGAAGAAGCUCCACGGUGUCUCUGGGAGCAGAACAGCCCCGCCCUGUUAUAGUACCCCACGCAGCCCAGACGUACGCCGGCGUGUGAUGACAGGCGUUAGAGAGGCCAAUCUCCCAGAAUCCCCUGUCUGCAGGACUCAGAGCUUCACCACACCAAGAGACCGCUCAGUGAAGUCUCCCCCUUUCAAGGUAGACUCUUCCAGCAGUCCAGAGGGCUUCAUCACAGCCAUCCAUGAAGAAGAGCUGUCAGACACUGGAUCCCACAGCUUCACACUCCACAGAGGCUGCAGCGCCGAGGAAAGAGAGGAGGACGAGGAAGAGGAAGGAGAGAUGGAGGGAGCAUCCGAACAGGAGCAGAGUGAAGAGGGGAAGGACGGAAGCAGUCAAAGUCAUCGGAGGGUGUAUGUGGAGGAAGAGGACGAGGACAGUGCACAAGAGGAGCUCGAGGAAAUGCAGAGAGAAUUACAGACGGGAGGAGAAAACAUGGAAGAGGAGGGAGGCAAGCAUGUUGAGGAAGAGGAGCAGCAUGCCUGGUGCGACCAGCAGAGCGAUGUGGGGUCAGAGGGGGAGGAAGAGGAUGGUAUUGAUGACAGGAGGGAGGAAACUACAUUUGGCAGCGCUGAAGAAACAGCAGACGACGCCUUGGUUAAGAUUGUCUUGGAUCGGUUUGUCCACUCAGACGAGCUCGUUGUCGACACAGUGACUGCAGAUCAGAAGGAAGAGCUCAGGGUGUCUCCAGGGUCCCAGCAAAGUCCCAGUUUACUGGAGGACACCAACAGAGCCCACUCGACACUAGACGACGUGCUGCUGGCGUUUGGAAUGGAGGGCACCGGAAGGAGCCCAGGGGUCCGCACACUGGUUGAGCUGUUUGAAGGGCAGCGUGGUGACAAUAAAGGACACCCAGCACACACCGUCAGCUCCACUGGUGACGCAGCCACCGCCUGAAACACAUCCUCCACUGGUGAGCUCACACACAGCAUGCUUGUGAAACACCUGGGCUCUGUAUGUUUGACGCCAGUAAUGAUUGAAAUGAUCCACUUGAGAAGUCAAACUGAGAGUUCAUGUACGUUUGUGAAUACAGGAGGAUUCUGUUGGAGCAGGACCAAACUCCCCAUGAGCCAGAUCAACAAGGGAAACCUGCCGUUACCUGCAUUUGUUACGUUACCUGUUAAGUUUUUUCCAGUUAGUGGUUUGCUGUUGUUAUUAAGCAAGGUUUGUUGUUCUGGAACGUUUGUUACUCUAACAGCUGUCGAUGCUGUAAAUGAACUGACUUCUCCAUGUUUGAAGUCAGAGCUGGAAUCAUUUGUAUUGUUUAAAGAAUUGUUCAGAAAAUCUUUUUGAUGUCGGUAGAAAAGAAGUCCCCAUCGAGUCAUCGGGUUUCCCACAUUUAUUUAACAUUUUCUCUGUUUCAGGAAAUAAAAAUCAUAUACACAAAGACACCGUCUGGUUUUACAACAAUCCACUGAAAAAACCUCGGACCGCCCUCGGACCCCCUCUGUCCUCUCCUCAGAGGAAACAUCAACAAACAUUCUCCAUUUCAGUUCACGCACCCAAACACAGAAUAGUGGGAAAUGUGAAGGUGACUGUUAGUCCAUUAAAUUACGCUCCUCUGGGUUCCAUCUUAGUCACAGAAACAUUGUCUGAUUGAUACAAUCAGACAGUACAGUACAGGAAUAUCAAUAUCCCUCGUAUUCAGACAUUUAUCAACAGCUGACACCACUGGACGUCCAUGCAUUUAUCACAACUCAAAUUAAUGACUUAAGUUUUAGAGUCACGUGUGUCAGCUCUAGGAGAGAAGAUGACGUCAGUAACAACAAUCCUCCAGGUGGGACGGGUGGAGCCCCGCCCAGCGACGAUGUCCCCCCCACCACAGCAGUCUCCGGUUGAGGAUUCUCGUCACACGACGAGGCGAACGUGGCCCUUCCUGUCCAACUCCACCAACGAGAGGUGCUGCAGUACCUUCAGCUUGGCAUCGCUCCCCUUCAUCUUCAACUGCUUCAUCUUCUGCUCGCUGAGGGAGCCACUGUAGAGGACGAGAGGACACCCGUCGGUCAAAUGAUGUAGCAAGACGUCCCUAAUCUUUCUGCUCAUUGUUUAUAAAGGACUGUUGGGUUGUUUAUCGUUUGAAAAGGACGUGGAGAGAUAACCAGCGUAAAUAUUAACAUGUUGUGCAUAGACAUAUAGAAUAGUGGUCGUAGUUGCUCUCCUACCCGUCUUUGCCGAGGUGCUGCUGCAGCUGCUGGUAGAACACAUUGAGGUCAGCCAGCUUGACGUUGGAGCGUACGCUGAGAGGAACCGCCUCCAACAUGGCGGCGCUCAGCUCCUCGUACUCGCAGCCUGUGGACACACGGAAGGAGACGUCAGUCUCAGAGAUAACCUCAAUCACCUGAUGGAGGAGUAUGGAAACUACAGAGAGGCAUUCCAACUGGUCGGAAUUUACACGACACAAGGGUCCGUUCACCUGAACUACAAAGACCAUAGCUUUGGAUUUAUUUGUCAUAGUUUCAAGAUAUCAGUCUGGAGGUGAAUUUUAAAAGUCAACGGAAAAAAGAAAUGCCUCUAAACCAGGGGGCAACCUCCGGUUCUGCAAAGUGAAGCCAAUGCUUCAUGUGUUAAAGCUGCAUUCUCUCU